UCAGAGGAGAAGCAGUGAACGCAGCACUGAGGGACACAGAGGAGAGAGAGGGAUAGAGAGGAUAGAGUCCGUCCCUGUGAACCAGGAACAUUACCCACCUGUCCAGUAACCUUCAUGUAGGUGCUCAUCUGAGUGCAGGACAGUAGUUUGGAGACAGUUUGCAGAAGAAAGAGACAGAGACAGACUGCCUCUCAGCUCCAACGUGCAGGACCUCGGGUUCCUCUCCGCCGGAUGACAGAGGGUUCUGUGUGGAUAACAGCAGAGGUAGAAGUCUAAAUGGAUGAGCACCAGCAGUGGGGAGUCGGCGGUAAAGCGGGUGAGGAGAGGCCGUGGAGAGAUGGGAGAGCUGGGAGAGAUGGGAGAGAUGGGAGAGCUGGGAGAGACGUGCCGUGCGUCAUGGUGUGCAUUGCAGCGUCUGUUCUGUGCGUCGGAGUUUGCAUUGUGGUUUUGGUUCGGACCUCGGAGCUGCAGACCAGGAUAGUAAGUCUGGAGCAGCGGCAGCUUUCCGCCUGGAUGUUGUCCAUGGAACAGGUGGAGCCCGUCAUCCUGGGCCGACUGGACCAGAUCCUGGAGGAGAAGCUUGCAGCGAGACUACCGAAGACACGGGAGUCGAGGGAGGCUCCCCACAGCUGCCUCUGUCCCCCAGGACCUCCAGGUCCUCCUGGACGAGCAGGCUUUCCGGGUGACAAAGGAAACAUGGGGAUUCCUGGGAGAAUGGCCUUAAAAGGACAAGCAGGGGAGAAGGGAGCACCAGGCGAGCCAGGUCUGUCUAUCAUUGGUCCAAGAGGACCUCCGGGACAACCUGGGACAAGAGGGUUUCCAGGCUUUCCAGGUCCAAUUGGCUUGGAUGGCAAGUCUGGACAGAACGGACCGAAGGGGGACAUGGGUCAGCGUGGUGUUAAAGGACACCCAGGGGAAUCUGGACCCAAAGGGGAGAAGGGCGUCUGUGGAGACUACACACACCGGAAGCGGCGUAUUGUACAGCCCUGUGUUGGACAGUUGGCCACACAGGGUGAGCCUGGAGCACAGGGACCCCCAGGACCCCCAGGACCCCCGGACUCAGGGACCCCAGGCCUGAAUGGAGCCAGUGGUCCAAUGGGUAAGCCUGGUGAACCAGGCAAACCAGGAAAAGACCCAAGGCUUUUACCGGGACUGAAGGGGGAGCCAGGUGUGCCAGGACAAAAGGGUGAUCGUGGUGAUGUUGGCCCACUAGGUCCUGAAGGCUCAAAGGGGUUUAAGGGAGACCAAGGAAUUAAGGGUGAGCGGGGAGAACCGAGCAUUGCAGCCCAGAGAAUUAAAGGAGAACCAGGUUCACCAGGAAUGCCAGGCCUAAUGGGAAUCAAGGGUGACACAGGUGAUAAGGGAGACAAGGGGGAAGCAGGCCCUGAAGGUCCAGCUGGACCAAGAGGUCAUCCAGGCCCAACUGGGGAACCAGGAAAGGCUGAAAUCCACAACAAUGAAAAUGAUAUUCGCAACAUACCCAUGAUGGGCCCCCCUGGAUUACCUGGACCUUCAGGGGUGCCUGGACUCCCUGGUACCAAGGGUGAAGUUGGUCUGCCAGGACCUCCAGGACUGGACGGAGAGAAGGGGCCCAGAGGGAAGCCUGGAGAGCCCGGUCCCGCAGGCCCAGCCGGUCCUGAAGGUCCCAGAGGGGAGGGUGGUGUCAUGGGCUUCUCGGGACCCAAAGGAGACAAGGGAGACAUGGGUCCAUCUGGAUCACCUGGUCAUAAAGGUGAACCUGGAGAAGGAGGAAGGUCAGAAAUGAUCUAUGGUCCUCCAGGGCCCCCAGGACCUCCAGGACCAGUUGGCCCAGCAGGAUCUCAAGGAUUUUCAGGGCCUAAGGGAGAACCAGGCAUAGGCAUUAGAGGAGAAAAGGGAGCGUCAGGUCAGAAGGGCGACAAGGGCGACAGAGGCCAUCUUGGACUGCCUGGUCUAAUAGGACCAUCAGGUGUGUCAGGGCCAGCAGGACCAAAGGGGGAGAGAGGUGAAAAGGGAGAUGCAGGAUUGCCAGGACCAAUUGGGCCUCAAGGCAUCCCUGGUUUAGUUGGACCACAAGGACUCAAAGGGAACCGGGGAGAGAGGGGCAAGAAAGGCAACAGGGGGGCCAAAGGGGAUAAGGGAGACCAAGGAGCACCUGGAUUAGAUGCCCCCUGUCCGUUGGGAGACGAUGGCUUACCUGUACCAGGAUGUUGGAAUAAAUGACGAUAACUUUGGAAUGGCUUGUGUGAUUGUACAUAGGAUAUUUAUUUUUUUACAUUUUCCCAAUUCUGUUAUACGCUGGGGAAAAAAAUUAAAUCCUAAAAAAUAUAUGGCAGCAUUUUUGUACAGAUGUUUUAUUUUACUACGUAUGACAGUGUUUAUGUAUUGGAUUUUUAUAUCUAUGCAUUAUUUUAAUAUUGGAUUAGAUAAGUAAAACAUAUGCAUGAUAUUUGUGCAUAAUGUGGAGUGGAUAAUGCUUAUUAACUUAUUGUAUUAUCUUGUUGUGUUGUAAUAGACCAUGCUGCACUGAGUUGUGGGGCUGGAAAUAUUAUGUGUUAACAUUUGGAGUCUUAGCUGAACUCUCCUCUUUGUGAUGAAGUGUUGAAAAACAAACAUUGACAAGCAAUGCACAUACAUUAGUUUCAAUUUCACAAAAUGUUCACACAGUGACAAAAGCUAUUAAAAGUCUGCACUUUGCAUUUUUGGUCAUGUUCUCAUAUUGUAGUGGUGAACAUGCAGACUUAAAUGAUCCGAUUUAGGGCUGUCACCAUAAUAAUAUAUGAAAUAUAUUUUUGUCCUGUUAAUGGUGUAAUACGGCAUUGGUGAUCCUGUAGGAACUGACAGCUGUGCAUAACAUACUAACUGCAUUUUAAAGUAAUAAAAAAAAAAAUGCUGAUGAUGCAAACCUGCUUAUAAUGCAAUUAAAAUGCUGAGCACCUAAAAUAGUUUUCUGUAUCAUACAUUUUGUGUAUAAUUUACUAAAACUCGUAUGACUGUACAUUUGGGCGUCAUGAAGAUAACUUUAUACAUCGAUUAGGUCUUUGUAAUAACAAAGAUGAAAUAUUCCAGUAAAUGAAAAUGAUUAUGUGCAUCCAAAGUAUUUCAUGGAUAAAUACAUAAGCAUUUCAGUAUGUGCCAUAGCAAGGCAAACACCAACAAACAUGGGUUUGUACUAGAAAAAGACAAAUAAUUGGACCAGGCUGAAUAUAUUACUUUAUUGAUGAUACCUAUCCAUCUGUGUAGGUUAGCUGAUUAUUAACAAGAGAUUGCAGAACACAAAUACCAAACUAGGUUUAUGGGCAUUUCAACAUUUUUGGAACAGGGAGCACCAAGUUUAUUUUUUUAGUAACAUUGUAAAAUGCCCACUCAGUCACUAUAUUUUUUAAAUCUAUGGGAUCAGUAUCCAUAUAAGUUUAGUUUUUUUAGCUUUAUGCUGAAAAUAUGAACAUCCAUAUAUUGUUAACGGAUGUUUAAAAGUCCCAAAUAUUGCUAUAUGUUUUUGCCCAAAAUAUCCAGUAUCAAUUUUCAUACGUUCAGUUCUUGACAGCAGGGCCUCCAGCUUUGGCAAUGUUAGUGGGUGGAUGAGAAGCCAGUGAGGGAUGAUUACCUGGUUUCUGCACUAGCAACUCUAACUAGUUGAGGAAAGGAGUCAAGAUGAGUUUGCACAGUGAGGAUACAUUUUACAAAUACGUAUUACAUUACAAGUAACAAAUGACUACAUUUUGUGCGCAACAUCUUUUUACAUUAUGGCCAGGUUUAUUGUUAAUUACAUUAAACACAAUUAUGAAAUUAUCAUUUUCACAAAUACCCACUGAUGACUCUUAACAAUAUUAGUAACUUCUAGAUUUCUUGCCAGGAUUGCCAAGACAUGUGCAUCAGAUAAACAUGGUCCCCAGAGGAUGAUUUCUUAUAAUUUAGGAUGGUUCUUUCAUUGCCACAAUCAGUUCCAACCUUCAGUGGUAGACAAAAAACACAAGUAACGCAAAUAAGAUUUGGACAGGUAUGGAUUUUGGCCUAAAACUAAAACUUCUAACAGGUAUUAUAUUUACACCACAUCAUGCCAAGUGGUGUGUAAAUCAAUCAAUAGGGGACAGCCUUAAAUCCAGUCUUUGAGAUCAUAUUUAGAAACAAGUAGCCUACUCUAGACAAUCACAUUUUGCUGUUAUAUCUCCAAACCCAACACUUGUUUCCUGGAGGAGGGCGUCAACCAAGAUCUCUUAAUCCUUUGAAGCUUUGAAGUUCCGGCAUGAAGAGUAAAUGUUGAGUUUUACAGCAGGGAAGCAACAGCUCAAUGUUUCAGCUUCUCGUACUGCUUCUGUUUUUCAGUUCAUUGUAAAUAGUUCAGCCACUUCCUGCUUUAAGAUGUUCAGGCUCUUGUUUGUUUGUGUGUUCUAAUCUGAGGCACAAUAUACAGCCCUUACUGUUGGAUGGAAAUAUCGCUGCUGACCCUUUAGGCAUGCUGCUGCAAUUUUUACAUUGUCUCAUCCAUUUAUGAAAGAGCUGUAAUCUGUUUUGACAAUGGGGUCCUUUUUUUCUUAAUCAAGAACUAUAGAGCAUUUUAUUUACAAGCAUUUUUAUGAAGUAGCUGUGCUCAUUAAGCUAACCUCAUUAACAUUACCAAGUGACUCCGUGUUGAAGAAAUGGAUGGACUGACCAGAGUGGAGCUUGAUCCGUUAUAUGCUGCUGCUCUUUGACAAAGCUUCUUUGUGUGUGUUCUGCUCUGCCUGGAUCUGAUGUCGCCAUGAGAGAUUGUUGUUGGAUUCUUGCCAGCAAUAAAUUACUCAUAGUGUCCUGUUGCUGCACAGUACCUCACAUUAACCCACACCUUAGUCACUAGCUGGCCUUCAUCUUGCUGUCAUAAAUUCUUAUGUCCAGAUACAUGCUGAAAUGUUCAAAGUGUUGAUUUUGUUCAAUAAUUAAAUAUACAUUUCUGGA